AGGGGGGGAAUAACAGAGGGUGUGGCAUGGAGAAGAAGGAUAAAAAUAAGGAGAGCAUGAUAAAGAAAGUAAGAAAGAAAGGGAGUGAGAGAUGGAGGGAGAGAGAACAGGCAUCUGGACCAGUUUUGCAUUUAAAUUUGAAUCGACUGUGCAGCCGACCCCGUUGAUUGAGUCUGAGCUGAGGAAACCUGCUGUGUCGGAAUCCCUGCCCAUGUAGCGUGCAGUCAGCCUCCGCAGAAAACUGGGUUAGUAGAAAUUUAAGAUUUGGGACACAGCCCUUUCCUUUUUGGCUCUGGAGAACAUGCAGCAGGAGCUUCCGGACGUCUCUGAGGGGUAACCGCCCUUUUGAGCUUCACUGGAAAUGUCCAAUUUAAGGGGCUGACCACUGGGAGGGUGUAGUAGCUUGGCAGAUGCCACCGUGCCAAACAGGGCAGUGCCAUGAGCGAGAGCUGGGCAAGCAGAACAUGCAGCAGAUGGAGGAUCUCUGGAUGUAGGCUUGGUUAGAGGCGAACGGUUGGUCGUAGAUGGGAAUGUGGGCUAGCACAGUGCUGCAGGCCAAGCCUUGUUGGUGGGUCACCAAUCUAAAAGUAGGACUGCAGAAAACACGAUCUCUCUAGAAAGGGCUCUAAAUGGAGAUGGCGUACUUCAAGAACAAUUUCUGGGGGGAGAAGAAUGCGGGGUUUGACGUGCUCUAUCACAACAUGAAGCACGGGCAGAUCGCCACCAAGGAGCUGGCGGAGUUCGUCAGGGAGAGGGCUGCUGUUGAGGAGACGUACUCCAAAUCCAUGAGCAAACUUGCCAAGAUGGCCAGUAAUGGAAGCACACUUGGCACAUUUGCUCCGAUGUGGGAUGUCUUUCGGGUGUCAUCAGAUAAGCUGGCUCUGUGCCACCUGGAGCUGAUGAGGAAGAUGAAUGACCUCAUCCGUGACAUCAACAAGUACGGCGAUGAACAGGCCAAAGUUCACCGAAAGACAAAGGAGGAGGUGAUGGGCACCCUGGAGGCUGUCCAGACUCUGCAGGUGCAGAACGGUCACUUACAGAAGUCCAGAGAGGGCUACCACGCGAAAUGCACGGAGCUGGAGCGCCUGAGGAAGGAAGGAGCUCCUCAGAAGGAGCUGGAGAAGGCUGAGCUGAAGUCUAAGAAGGCAGCUGAGUCUUUUGCAUCUUCUAUAGAGAAGUUUAACCGCGCUGGUGGAGACUUUGAACAGAAGAUGAGUGAGUCUGCACAGAAGUUCCAGGAUAUUGAAGAAGCCCACCUACGGCAGAUGAAGCAGCUGAUCAAAGGCUACUCGCAUUCCAUUGAGGACACACACGUACAAGUGGGACAGGUUCAUGAGGAGUUUAAGCAGAACGUGGAGAACAUUGGUAUUGGGAGCCUAAUCCAGAAGUUCACAGAGCAGAAGGGCACAGGCAAAGACAGGCCAGUCCCUGUGGGAUUUGAGGAGUACCUAUCUUCUCAGUUGCCGGACAACAACAAGAAAAGUCGCGCCAAAGCCUUCAGGAUACCUGGCCUGGGCAAGAGGGACAAAGAACCAGACUCCACGGAUUCUGCACUGACUGACGCCCCGAAUUCUCCUCUGGAGGUGGACGAUGAGGGGUUUGUCAUCCGAGCGGCUGUUAAUCAAAAUGGCUGUGUGGAGGAGAAGGAGAAUAAUUUUUAUUCCAGUGAUUCGGAUUUUGAUGACGAGGAGCCGAAGAAGUUCCACAUUCAGAUCCGGCCAGUGGCCAGCAGCACCCGCAGCAACUCAGCAGCCAAUGAGCUGGAGCUGAAGGCCACCGUCGGGGCACUGACCCUGCCCCCUAAUCGAGGGGCAAGAGAAGGGGCGGGGGUGUCGGUCAAGAGGCAUCUUUCCAGGAAUUCCAGUACAGCAGGUCGUUCUGAAGGGGAGGGGGAUGGCGCCCCCCAUAGGGACGGGGAGCAGGAGGGUCUGCGCAGAUCCACCUCCAGCCCAGAUCACAGCAGGCUGAGCUCCACAGCCUCUGGUUCAGACUCGCUGUUCGGUCCUCCACUGGAAUCAGCCUUCAAAUCCCACAGCUUUGCAGGACGUGAGCAGCUCCAGAGCGCCUUCCCUUCUUCUGAAUACGCUGCUUUCUCCUCUGAUUCCUCUUCUCCCGAGAACGUGGAGGACUCUGGCUUGGACUCGCCAUCCCAUCAGCCCCUGGGAGCUUCUCCAGAACCCACCGGCUGGGCGGCCUGGCCUGCAGCCCCUCAGCCUAAAGACUCUAUGAGCUUAGGACGACCUUCUGACCCCUUCCUCGCUGCGUUCCGCGACCCUUCACCUGGACGUUCCCCGCUACCGCUGGAGAACCCCGCUAGCACCCCCGCGUUCACGUUUCCCGCGUUUUCCCGCAGCCUGGCGGCUCCAGAACUGGAAUCCAGUGUAUGGAGCUGUAAACACAUUCCACCCGAGGACCCUUUUCUAGCUGCGUUUGAGCGCUCGUCGUCCCAGGACACCCGAACCCCCCCUGAAACUGCCUGGGCCCCCCCGCCCCCCAGGUCAUCACGGGACAGCCGCACUGAUCCGUUCACGAAACCCUUAAACGACACGAAAAGUCUUCCUCCUCCUUCAUCAUCAUCCUCCUCACGCAAAGACAGAGAGCGAAAAAGAGACCACAGCGUCCCUCCCCCAGACUCCUCCUCCUCCGACGACCCCUUCGCCAUCACCAUGAUCGGCAGCCCCACCCACCAGUCCGCCCUGGCGGCCGCUCAGGUGGCCACAGGACCCACCCGGACCACGGUGGUCAGCCCUAAACCCGCCCCCACUCCCGCGCAGCCCAAGAAAGAGCUGGUGCACUGGAGCUCGCUCCACAACCCGUUCAGCGAAGGGGUUCCGACCGGCGGCGUCUCUGCAGGAACUGUACAGGAAACCAGCAGGAAACAGAGCCGGAGCUGCGAUGAGCCGCGGAGGAACGGACCCCCGCUCACCAGACACUCCGGACCCCAGGAGGACCUCUGCUUCUCCACCGACAAAGACCAGAACUGCCUCGACAUCAACACACACACUGCCUCUCAGCGUAGUUUUCGGCAGGACAGUUCCGAGCUGCUGGUUCUGGCUCCUCCUCAGCCGACCCGCUCCAAGCGUUCUUCAGCCAGGCUGAGCGGCUGUGAACGGUCCAGGUCCCUGUGCUCGUCUCCUCUGCCUGAGCCCAGCCCUCCCCCAUCCUCCUCCUCCUCCUCCAGCCCCAGUGAUUGGGGGGGCCAGACCCGCGCCCCGAGUCCUGCACGAGGUUUGUCCAGAGGGCCGAGUCCGAUCUCUCUCAGCACUCAGGAGGCGUGGCCUGUUGCUGCAGCGAUUACUGAGUACAUCAACGCUUACUUUAAAGGUGGAGAACAUAACCGCUGUCUGGUGAAGAUCACUGGUGACCUCACCAUGUCAUUUCCUGCUGGAAUCACGCGGAUAUUCACGGCCAACCCCAACGCCCCAGUGCUCAGCUUCCGAUUGGUCAACAUUUCUCGAGUGGAUCACUUCUUACCCAAUCAGAAGCUGCUCUUCAGCGACCCCUCCCAGAACGACCCGGACUCCAGAGACUUCUGGUUCAACAUGCAGGCCUUGACCUUUCACCUCCAGAGAGAGGCGGAGCUUAACCCACAGGCGUCCUACUACAACGUGGGCUUGCUGAAGUAUCAGGUGUCGUCUCAGGACCCCGCCCGCGCUCCUCUGCUGCUCUCGGCCGAGUGCCAGCGCAGCGGGACGGUCACCCGCGUGUCCCUCGACUACCACUGUUGCCCGGCAACCGCCCCCGCCACCCAGCUCACCGCCGUGCAGGUGCUGCUGCCUCUGGACCACACAGCCACUGACCUGCAGUGCCAACCCCCAGCAUCCUGGAAUGCUGAGGAGAGGAGACUACUCUGGAAACUGCCCAACCUCUCCCCGACCAAUCACAGCAAAGGCUCUGGCACGUUGUGUGCCAGUUGGCAGUGCCUGGAGGUUCCCCGCGGUCCCCCUCCGAGUCUGGCUGUGCAGUUUGUGGGUUCGGGGGCGUCUCUGUCGGGUAUGGAUGUGGAGCUGGUGGGCAGCCGGUACAGAAUGUCUUUGGUGAAGAAGAGAUUCGCCACAGGGAAGUACAUGGCUGGAUGUUCACUGUGAGGGAGAGACCUGUGCUGGUGAUCUGACCUGUAGGCACACAGUUUGCACUUUUUUCACACUUGGCCAGGUCCUGCCACAGGAGACGGGAGGGACAGCUGCAGAGACAUGCAGGAGGGACCUGGACAUUACCCAUAUUGCUUUGCUGUGAGGACUAGACACUGGACUUUAUUGUACAGUACCUGUGCUGUCCAUGCUGCUGAGAAGGACCAAUAUAUAUAUAUAUAAAUAUAUAGUACUGGAUUAUUAGACCCGGCCUGGUUUUAAUCUUUCGCCGCUUCGCUGUAGGGACGGCUCACAGAACUCUGAGUGCUCUUUUAUUUGUUUCUCCUGUUCGUUUGUUCGACGUUUGGCCGACUCUUGUCUGGAAACUGGAUGUAAGAUUUUUUUCUUCCUUAUUUCUGUGGGAAUUUUGUGAGUGAUUCCAGUGGGAAUGUGUAAACUUUAAUAAGUAAGGAUUCUGGAAUGAUGUUGCCAUGAAGAAAAAAAGUGGUCUUGUUCAUGUGACUAUAUAAGAAAGAAAUGUAAUUAUUAAAGACUUUGUAAUGAC